AUGUUUCGUUACCGAGAAGCCUUGCAGUUACGAAAUGGUGUUAAGGUGAGAGUCGCUUUCGAGAUAUGUUGCCGUCAGUAUCGGAUACAAGUUUUAGGACUUACAGCAAAACUCUCAUAACUCUUGAUUAGAACACCAUUGAGAGCUGGGAGAUAUCCCAUUUUAAUCAGAAUGUUUGCUCUAUUUCUCGGCGUUAUUGAAAGUAUUUUUAGAUUUGUUUUUUAUUGGAAAGUAAAGUUUUUCGAAAAGUCAGCUUUUCAAAGUUUUCAGAAAACAUUUCUAAAAACUUUCAUAUCCCUCCAAUAAGGACCAAAUAACACUGAUAGCAGAUACUGUGGGCCAUCUGAGGAUGUGUUUAGCUCAAUAUCAACUUUUUAUAAAAAAUUUAUGUUUCGAACGAGCAGUCGGAUCUCACGAGCGCUAUCCUGAUUGGGACAGAUAUCCCGUUCGAAUUAUACAUGUCGGGAAAAAGUAUCUGUCGGCAAAGUGUACAUGUCGGCCAAGUGAUGUGUCGGCAAAGCGAUUGUCGGCCAAGU